UCUGUUUCUAGGUCUGUCUUCUUGUUUGUACGCAUAUCUACCUACGUAGCUAUCUCUGUUGACGUUGCAUCCUAGACGGGGAAAGGAACCGAGGCUAGGCAUGCUCUGAAAGCUAUCUCGUGUCUCUUUCCUCCUUGGCCGAGGAAUAAAAGGAACGGGGUCGGCAACAGCGAGAUAGGAAGAGAGUUACGAGUUGGAAUUUUGUUGCUCGGAAAUAGGCGCGGUUGGCCAUAGAAGCAGCCAAGUACUAAAAUUCAUAACCAUGGCUCCAACAUAUGUCUCUAGCCGCCGAACGUCAGGAAGACCAGUACUGGCAUUCCUGUCCAUAUUUUCCAUUUUUAUCCUGGGGACAUUCCUCGCAACAAAGUUUGGCUCUGCACCACGGCAGCACAGUUUCGAGUUUCGACAUGCGACAAGCUCACAUGAGGCCGGUACGAGCUCUCGGUGGGAAUCCAAGACUAGAGCAGACGGGAAGGGAGACAAAUAUCUGAUUGGAGUUGGGAAAGCCGACAUAACUGGGCCUGUGGUGGAAAUCAACUUCGCAGGUUACGCCGACCUCUCCCAGACCGGUACCGGGCUCCGACAGCGUAUCUAUUCGCGGGCGUUUAUAAUCGGAGACGUUAAUAAUCCGGAUGAUCGAUUCGCGUACUUGGUUCUUGAUACGCAAUCUGGCGAUACGGCUAUACGCUUCGGUAUUCUAGAUGGUCUCGCUGCGCUUGGUGACGAUUUCGCCGUGUAUGGGAAGGGCAACGUCGCGGUAACAGGGACACACGCCCAUUCCGGACCUGGGGCCUGGUUUAACUACCUACUACCGCAGGUAACCAGUUUGGGCUUCGAUGAGCAGAGUUAUCAAGCCAUCGUUGACGGUGCUGUCUUGUCAAUCAAGAGAGCCCACGAAUCUUUGACCGAGGGAUACCUCGACUUCGGGGCGGUUAAUAUUACAGAUGGCAACCUUAGUCGGAGUCUAUACGCUUACUUGGCUAACCCUGCCGAGGAACGGGCUCAAUAUGAGGACGAUGUUGAUAAAGAAAUGACCGUCCUUAAGUUCCAGCGGGCGUCCGACGGCAAAAACAUUGGUAUUCUGACGUGGUAUCCCGUCCACGGAACAUCGAUUUACCAAAAUAGCACCCACGUGGCUGGCGAUAACAAAGGAGUAGCAGAAGUUAUGUUCGAGAAAGCUAUGGAAGGCGAAGAUUCAGCGGCUAGCGGUUUUGUUGCUGGCUUCUCUCAAGCGAACGUCGGAGACACGACUCCUAACACACUUGGCGCAUGGUGCGAUGAUGGAUCCGGUCAACAGUGUAGCUUAGAGAACAGUACUUGCGCGGACGGUAAAUCACAGCACUGCCACGGCCGAGGGCCCCUCUUUGAUCAGCUCGAUCUUGGUAUUGCAAGUUGCUACGAGAUCGGGAAACGCCAAUACGAUGGUGCUAGGUCGGUCUACGAUUCGUUCGGCUCAUCCGGCACCUCUGUUGUUGGAUCGACGGUUAAAGCUUUCCACUUCUACCACGAUAUGAGCUUUUGGAAAUUUCAGUUGGAGAACGGAACUGAAGUCCAGACGUGUCCGGCCGCGCUAGGUUAUUCCUUUGCCGCCGGCACGACGGACGGCCCUGGCGCUUUUGACUUUACGCAGAACGAUUCGGGUGAGCCGAGCGCCAGCCCCGUCUGGGAGGUGAUCAAGAGUCUACUCCGCGCGCCAUCACCUGAGCAGCAAGCUUGUCAGAAUCCCAAGCCUGUCCUCCUCGACGUAGGCGAGUUGUCCGAGCCGUAUCCAUGGAGUCCCAACAUCAUCGACGUCCAGCUGCUCCGAGUCGGCCAAUUCAUCAUAAUCGUAAGCCCCGGUGAAGCGACCACCAUGUCUGGGCGCAGAUGGCGCGCCGCUGUCAAGGCCGCCGCCGCCGAUAUCGUAGAUACUGAGCCGAAGGUCAUACUAGGUGGACCUGCUAACACCUAUGCGCAUUACAUAGCUACGCCGGAGGAGUACGGCAUCCAGCGCUACGAGGGAGCGAGCACGCUCUUCGGCCAGUGGGAGCUUCCCGCGUAUAUAAAUCUUACCGUUAGCAACAUCCGGUACCUAGCCCCUGACUCGUCGAGCUUGCCAGACCCCGGGCCGACGCCACCGGAUAACCGUAACAGUAGCCUUAGUUUCAUCACGGGCGUCGUGCAGGACAACGCGCCGCUGGGUAAGUCCUUCGGCGAUGUCGUUUCGCAGCCCGCAGAUAAAUAUGCGCGCGGCGCCGUCGUUAACGCGACCUUUGUCGGCGCGAAUCCGCGCAAUAACUUACGGCUCGAUGGCACGUUUACGGCUGUGGAGAAGCAGGAUGGAGACUCUUGGACACAGGUUCGAGACGACUCGGACUGGUCUCUGGUAUAUACGUGGAAGCGGACCGACACCGUGCUAGGGUACAGCGAAGUUACUGUCAGCUGGGAGACGGAACCGGAUGCUGAAGCGGGGACGUAUAGAAUAAAGUAUUACGGUGAUAGCAAGGCUUUGGUUGGUGGGGCUAUCACGGCUUUUGAUGGGACGAGCAAUACUUUUACACUUACGUGAUGAUAACUGGAUGUUGUUUAAAGGGU